CGUGGGGAAUGGAAGUCCUAGUUGGUAGCCUGUUAUGGAAACGCUGUUUGCUGUUAUUGUAGUACCGUGGUGACAACAUGCCAUUGAAAUGGAAAACGAGCUCUCCUGCUAUCUGGAAAUUCCCAGUUCCUGUGCUUAAAACAUCCAGGUCAUCGCCACUUUCUCCAGCAUACAUAUCUCUGGUGGAAGAGGAGGAUCCUCAUAUGAAAGUAUCUCUGGGGAGCAGCGAUAUGGGCGUCUCUGCCCAUCUGCAGUCUUCGAAGACAGGGACCACGAGAUUUUUCACCAGCAACACGCACAGUUCUGUGGUAUUGCAGGGAUUCGACCAGCUGCGGGUGGAGGGUUUGCUCUGCGACGUGACGCUCGUUCCCGGCGACGGCGACGAGGUGUUCCCGGUGCACCGGGCCAUGAUGGCUUCUGCAAGCGAUUACUUCAAGGCCAUGUUCACAGGAGGCAUGAAGGAGCAGGAUUUAAUGUGCAUUAAGCUUCAUGGUGUGAACAAAAUAGGCCUAAAGAAAAUCAUCGAUUUCAUCUAUACUGCAAAACUUUCCCUUAACAUGGACAACCUUCAGGACACUCUGGAAGCUGCCAGCUUUUUGCAGAUUUUACCUGUUUUGGACUUCUGUAAAGUAUUUCUUAUCUCUGGG